AUUAACGGUUGUAGAAACAUUAAUCUCCACAGAAUUUUAUACUAAUUAAUUAGUAACUUUUAAUACUAUAAUAAUAUUUUAAAGCUAUUAGGUAAAAUUGAAUUUAGAUUUUCCAAUUUCAAAGAAUUUGGAAAAUGUGAUAAGACUAUGAGUUAGCAUUUUGUAAAACCAAAACUAGCAAUAUAUACAGUUACUGCUAUUAACAGUUCAAUAAUUAAGUAUUAUUACUUAUUAUUUAUACAAAGAUUACAUAUUUUAUUUCAACAGGAACUAUGAAUGACGUUACUACUAAAUUAUAAAUACUACUAAAGUGAUAAAAAAUUUACCGUUAAAUGAUAAUAGUUUAGAAUAAGGCACUUGGAAAAAGUGUAGUUCAAUUUACUCUCAACGGAGCUUUCUUUGCUUAUUAAAGUUAUUGAUAUAACUUGUUCCUGGCCUUCCCAUGUUUUAUAUUUUUAAAUUUGUUAAAAAAUCUCUGUAAUGCAACAUAGAAACCAUUUCAGCGAUAUUAAAAUUAAAUUUCUAUUCUAUCUAGAAGUUUUUACAGCAAAUCCUGAAAUAAUGUGUAAUGAUUAAUAUUACUCUAUGUUUGAUGCUUUACUAACUAAUAAGAAUUAGAUAUAAGAAAUUAAGUACAUGUUGAAGGUAAAGCUGUAUUCUUAUUACACGCCAGCACUGAGAAAUAACGUUAAAUACUUACUGAAAUGUAAGUGUAGUAGUAGUACUAGUAAGAAGUGGGAUAGGACACAAUACUUUACUGGUUGGCUUGAAAAGGCUGCCCUUUAUGUCCAUUGGCCGUAUUGUGAAAAACGAUGCUCUUACUGCAAUUUUAACAAGUACAUCAGUAACCACGUGAAUCAUGCUCGCAUGUGUGAAUGUUUAGUCAAGGAGGCUACAACUCUUCUGAGACUCAGUGGUAUAAAGACUGUUGAAACAAUAUUCUUUGGAGGAGGAACUCCGAGCCUCGCUCAACCUCACACAAUAGAAAGUGUUAUAAACUGUGUAAAAAACUUAGUAGCUGUCCCUCACGAUGCCGAAGUUACUUUAGAAUGCAAUCCCACAACAUUGGAAGCACAGAGGUUAAGGGAGUUUAAGUUAGCUGGAGUAAACAGGGUUUCUAUUGGAAUACAGGCUUUGAAUGACAGAGAUUUACUGCUGUUAGGUAGAAACCAUUCAGUCAAAGAAGCUUUAAGGGUUAUUGAACAAGCAAAAAAUAUUUAUAAUGGAAGAACUUCAAUUGAUAUUAUCUUUGGACGUCCUUAUCAAUCUCAGUAUUCAUGGCAAGAUGAACUUAAAAAGUUGCUGGAGAUCUGUGAUGAUCACAUUUCACUUUACCAGCUGACUUUAGAAAGAGGAACAUCCUUGUUUAAACUUGUGAAUUGUGGAAAAUUG